AUGCAGAGACCCGGCGGCCAAGGGACGGCGUUUUCGAUCGACUCCUUGAUAGGAACUCCGCAGCCUCGGCCGGGACACCUGCUCUACACUGGCUACCCGAUGUUUAUGCCGUACAGACCCUUGAUGAUUCCUCAAUCUUUAUCUCAUUCACAUUUACCGUCUGGCAUACCUCCUUUGGCGCCGUUGGCAUCUUUCGCUGGACGUCUUACCAACACAUUCUGUGCGAGUUUGGGACAGGGGAUGCCGUCCAUGGUGGCUCUCACGACAACACUGCCGAGUUUCUCGGAUCCGCCAGAUAGUUUCUAUCCACCCCAAGAGCUCCCCGGACCUCGGUUAAGUGCCGACCCUGGAACGAGGAGACAAGAGAGUCCCCACUCAGAUGAUCUGCAUGGAAGGGACAAGGGGUCGGACUUACUCAACUUCUCGGAAACUUUUCAAACUAUACCAGGUAAGUUCCAUGCCUCAGUCCUAGUGUCCACACGCUUCCGUUAGAUUGGCACGUUGAGACCUAAAUGCGUAAAACGCGCAAACGCUAUCCAAAUUAGAGUUUGGACUGGACUGCUUAGACAUUUAGCUAAAAAAUACACUUCUGAGUGCUGAGCAUAAAGUUACACGCAGUUUAUCCAAGGCAAAUAUGAUGCUGAAAUUUAAGACACCAUCCACACUUUUUAGAAGGCUGAAAUUGUCAUCAUAAAAUACUAUUCCACAAAUACAUUGUUUCAUGACAAUUUCAAAUGUGCAAUAAGUCGAAUUGAUUAGCCUAACUCAAGAUUGUGAAACACUAUCUUCACUCUAUUUGUUACAUUAGGUAUAAUUUUAUUCAACACAUUAUUUUACUUAACGUGACAUUGGUCACGUUAAUAUAGGUGUUAUGAAUGGCACUAUAGGCCUACUCAUUUCCUUUGACGAAGAUACAGCAGAAUACGAACUCUCCAACAGGCCUAUUCCAUUUUUUAGAGGCCUAUGUGGUCAAGACAAUGUCUCUGAAUUUCUAAAGAGAUAAAUGGCUAAUUUGCAUUUGUGAGGUAAACUUAUAGGCUAAAAAUAAUUGGUUGUAAUAUGUUUUAUAUCUUCAUUGUGACUUUUUAGGUGAGACUAAAUUGUACAGCUCUGACGAUGAGAAGUUUGACCUGAAAUCAGCAGACGCAGCUUGCAGUGACAGAGAGGACAGCUCUGCCGUCGACAGCGAGAACGAAAGCUUCUCUGAUGGGAACAACUGUGGUUCUUUAUCCCAAAAGAGUAAACUAAAAACCGGGUCACAGGAAGCGUUACCACCAGGAAGCUCAGCAGGAAAGAGCAGAAGGAGACGAACAGCUUUUACCAGCGAGCAGCUUCUUGAACUUGAGAAGGAAUUUCAUUGUAAAAAGUACCUUUCGCUGACCGAACGCUCUCAAAUAGCACACGCACUUAAAUUGAGCGAAGUGCAGGUCAAGAUUUGGUUCCAGAAUCGUAGGGCCAAAUGGAAAAGAAUCAAGGCGGGAAACGUCAAUAACAGGUCGGGAGAGCCUGUGAGAAACCCCAAAAUUGUGGUCCCCAUUCCAGUGCACGUCAACAGGUUUGCGGUGAGGAGUCAACACCAACAGAUAGAGCAAACAAGGCCAUGA